CAGCCAGUUUAGUCGUGCAUCAGACGCCAGCCAGUUUGGACGCUUGAUUUCGCUAUUUCCUCGUUUUUUCGUGAUCCGCCGUGGGUGUGUGCUAGCUUGUUUGUAGGUGUGUUGCCGCAUUUUCCGCACAAUUGUGUCUGCAGCUUUUCGUGGGAAAAUUACGACAAAUUCGCAGUUUUGUGUCGCGCGGUUGUGGUGCUUAUACGCAGAAAGACAUAAGCGCGUCGCGUCGCGAUCUUCUUUUAUUACGAACUGAGGAUCAAAAGUAACGAUUUGAAAUUGUGACGAAAAUAACCCCACCGUUGGUGAAGGCAAAGUGCAACCGUUUCUGUGUUCAGGAAAUCGAGAAAAAAAACCCUGUCGGAAAAGUCAGUGCAAAUUGAGCGAGACAUCCUUUUUGGAAAACGUGAAGGAAAUUUUGACUGGAAUCAUCAAAUCAAAAAUAACAGCUAUGGCCAAGUACGGAGCUCUGCUGAUCGUUUCGGUCUUUCUGGUGGCCGCCACAUUCCAACAAGCGAGUGCCCUGCGAUGCUGGCGAUGCUCGUCGGACGCGUCGACGGCGGCCUUCUGCGACGAUCCGUUCAGCCAGGACAUCAUCACCGAGCAGCAGCGCCGCUGGAGCUUCGUGGACUGCAGCUACCCGCCCGGCACCGGCUCGUACCCGUUCAACCAGCAGCUGGCCCAGACGCGUGCCGUCUGCAAGAAGAUGAAGCAAAUCAUUAACGACCGCGUGGUGAUUUCCCGCUCGUGCGCCUGGGAGGACGUCAACGCUCAGCCCAACAGCUGCAUCAACGCCCAGACGCCGUCGUACAUCAAGACCGAGUUCUGCGAGACCUGUACGACCGACGGCUGCAACGGUGCGUCCCAGUACGGUCCGGCCGCCCUGAUGGUGCUCCUGACGGCCCUCGUCGCCAAGCUGCUGGCCUGGUAGUUUGUCCCCACCGAACUUCCCUUCCCCCUCGUAACGCCACCUUCAUCACCUUCGACGAACUCCCUUUUUUGAAAUCUCAUUAGCUUUAACACAGUCACCAUCAGAUAAGCAAAUCGGAUCAAAAUUGGCCGUGAGCCACCCUAGUAUGGAGCAAAACGUACCGUUGAUGCCUUAAUUGUUUCGAACGUUUUAUACGAACUAUUAUACGAAUAAAGAAUAUUUAUUGAGUUUAAAAAUACAGCCCCAUUCUGGGGCGAAGAUCACAUCUCAACCUUAAUAAAUAGAACAUGUUUAUCAAGAUCAGUGAUUGUCAUUCAUACAGAGUCCGCAAAACCGAAGAUGCAAAUGUACAAAUAAUGUUACAUCACACGCGAUUUCAUAAGCAGUUAUAUUAGAAACACCUGUCCCCGUUGUCCCCAAUUGGAGAGCACACCCUCUUUAAAUUAUAAAACGAUGAAAGAUGUCCGUUGUUUUUGUUUUCUGUUGAAUAGUACAUAUACGUGACACAAUUUCCAUUCAUUCGAGUAGUAGACAUGCCAACGUUCAUAAGCUAUCUCUGCUGUAAACUAACCAAUCGAACUUAGUAGUUUUCUAGGCACAUGAUUAAUCGCGAAAUCAAAAUUAUAUCGUAAAUGAAA